GGAGGAUUGUCGCUCCAAAUAUAUCAGCACAAAUAUCAAUUAUCAUAUACUCACUGCACAAUUUAUUUUUGCAUCAGAAAAAAACAUUUUCCGUACAGGUAAAUCGGCAAUCGAUCCAUGGCGGAUAAACCUAACAGGGACGCCAGCAGCGGCCACAUAGAGACGAGCAAGGCGGAGAGACACGUGUGGCUCAUGAAGUGUCCGCCCGUGGUCGCGCGCGCCAUGCAGAGCAACCACCACCACCAGCCCCUGCCGCCGCUCUCCGCCGACGCCGCCGCGGGCCCCGUCGUCGCCAAGGUCGUCGUCGCGGUAGAUCCGCUGCUCCCCAACGACGACUUCUCCUCCACGCAGUUCACUAUGGAGUUGGCUGGCACUGCUGAUAGAAACACGCCAAAGAGCUACUCGAUGAACAUGUCCACAGAUUUUAUGCCUAUGUGUGUCUUUGCCGAGUCAUCUCAAGGGAAGCCUUCUGUGGAGGGGAAAAUCUACCAUAAAUUCGACAUGAAGCCACAUAAUGAAAAUAUGGAAGAUUAUGCAAAACUAUGUCGGGAGAGAACUAACAAGUACAUGACUAGGACAAGACAAAUUAAGAUAAUUGACGAUGAUAGUGGGAUGCGCAUGAGGCCCAUGCCAGGAAUGAUCGAUAUGAAGUCCUCUGUAUCGGUGGAUAAGAAAGCUCCAGCGAGGGGUUCAGAAACGAAAAGAACAAGAAGAGACCCUGAAGAAAUGGAAAAGAUAAUGUUUAAACUGUUCGAAAGACAGCCAAAUUGGACAUUGAAACAGCUGAUUCAACAGACAGAUCAACCCGAGCAAUUUCUUAAAGACAUGCUCAAGCUGCUCUGUGUGUACAACAAUAAAGGAGCCAAUCAAGGUUCAUAUGAGCUCAAGCCCGAAUAUCGGAGAUCAGAAGAUAAAUUAAGUUCAUAGAGACUACGUUUUAUCUCAUUAAUCUACUAGAAUCAGAUAUUAUAUCCUCAAUAAUGUCCAGUUUUCUUGGAAAAAUUAAGCAGUGUUUUUUACUGCCUUUUCCAGUUGACAGGCCAAAUUGGGACCUUAAUGCUUGAUCAAAUUUACAGUUUUUGGCAUAAUUAAUAUUUUUAGUUCCAAUGGUCA